UUCGUGACCACGCUAACGUAAAUCAGUCAUGCUUUGAACGUUGUUCUCGAACAGACUUCUUUUCCUCGCGACUUCUGCAGGUGUUUAUUCGUUUUUUUCUACCCAUAAGUUAUUGUCCGUGAUAUCGUUGUAUACUCUAAAUAUUCAUAAUAAAAUAUACACGUCGCCCUCUACAACUGCAUUCCGUAUCAAACAGCCGAAAAGGAAACGAUUUAUAAUCAUACACACGUAAUAACUCAAUAGUUCCUACGCAAAUGCCAAUCAUUAAAUGUUUCGUUUUAUUGUAAAGUCUCAGAAUGCCAACAAAAUAAUGACUGCCUGCACGUCGUUCGUUUCUUCCGACCACGGGCUCCGCACGUCCGUGUGCUUCUGGUUGGCGUUGCUGGCCCUAUGCCAAUGUCUGUCCGGGAAACCGACAGCGGCGACCGCACACCGAUGGAGUCUAGCCGAGCUGUCGGUAACGUCUAGCGAGUUGCCCAAACAGAUACCGGCGCCGCCGUAUCCACUGCAGCAGCAGCAGAGAAUCCAAUCGACGCCGCACUACGACCAGCAACUAAAAUUGCCUUCUGGACACGGGGAGGGUCUGCGACACCAUUAUUAUCCGUGGAUUCAACCAACUGUGUCUACCGUUUAAGUUCUAACCGAUAAUUUUCUAACAAUUCAACAACUAUACCUGCACCGGCGGCGUUCCCGCGAGGAGGUUAAAGAGUGUAUCCUCGAUCCUCCUACCUUAACCCUCCUUGUCGUCUUUUUUCCGAAUAAUAUGCACAAACAUUGUUACAUUCAUGAGCAAGUUACAAACCGUUUGGAAGGCCUGAAAGUCCUAAAGCCUUCCCCGAUUACGUUUUUGGCUUCGUAAUCAGAACCGAUUAAGAAGACGUAUUAUAAUAUAUAAUAUCCCUCCCCUGUUGACAAAUCUUGGGGACGCCACUGACACCGUACACUCGCAUGCUACACAGUUUCAUUAUGAUGUAUCAAUACAUACCAAAUCGAAGCGAAAUAUCACAAACAGCGCAAGAUUAUUGAUGACGAGGAACUUUACGGACACGAAUCUCAGAUUCGACGGACUGGAACGAGCCGAUAAGAAACGGAAAAACUUCAAGUGUGAUUCAAAAUAAUGUCUCGGUUGGUUGGAAAACCGGUACCGCGGCGAAUUGUUUAGAAAAAAAAAACCGAAAACAAAGAUCAAACUAAGAAGUUCUCGACCUCGAUAAUCUUUUAUCCAUACAAAAAUCAGUUAACUACUUAUAAUUUUAGUAUUCCUAUUUGAUAUUGUUAUAAUUAUUUACCUGUAAAUUCACGUAUGUGUAAUAUAUAUAUAUAUAUACAUACCAUGUAGAUAACCAAAGUUACCUGGUAUACCAACCUGCAUAAUAUCUUCGCAUUACCUUUUUUUUUCUUAAGAUCACUUUAUUAUGUUAUUUAUUAAUUAUUUUUAUUUCAAAUAAUAAAAUCAACUAUCCGAUGAUAAUUUCAUACGUGAAGUUGUAAUAUAAAUUUA